UCCCUUUCGCGUGCUUUCGCGGGCGGGCUUGGACGCGCGGCGGCCCGGCCCGACUUAACCUAGAAGCGCCGCGGCGAUCCGGAGAUUCGGCGCGCGCGGACCAUUGGCCUGCGGGGAGGGGAAACGAGGGUCCCGCGGGACUCGGCAGGUCCUCGCCGGGCAGAAGCGCGUCGACGCUCGGCCCGAGCGAAUCCUCUCGCGCGCGCGCGCCGCAAACUCGUGGGUGUCGGGCAAGUGUCGCGCAGUGCGCGCGCGCGCGCGCCAGCCGACGAGCCACCCGACGAGCCAGGCAGGCAGCUCGCGCCGCGCGCAGCCGGCCGGCCGGAAUCCGGAGUAUACCGGAGCGGCUCAGUGCGAGACUCGCCGCCGCCGUCGCCGCAGCUCCCGCGCCCGUACCUCGCGACCGCGGCGCGCAGCGACGCGCGCGCCGCCCGACCGACUCUCCUCCACCAAGUAUGGAGAUAUCGAAGGCUCUCCAGGAGGAGAUACUGUCCGUGCAAAACGAUCUGAAGAACGCCAUUCGCAGUCAUCAGGUCUGCGUCGGGAAGCUGAAGGAUGAUCCAAACAACGUGGACAUUCUGGGACGGAUUCAGGAGAUCCAGCUUCACAUCGUUUCCCUGGGGAGAUGCCAAAAGCAGGUGGUGCAGCGGCUGCGCGGAGAGGUCGAGUCGUUCAAGGCGGAAAACGCGAACGGGGCCAAAGUUUCCAUCGCCUCGCUCCUGGGACUGAACAACAAUAACCACAUUACGAACGACAACGAGGCCGGCGCCGACGUGGUCGAGGUCAAGGAUGUCAACGGCUUCGAGAGGCGGUCUUCCAAGGACGAUUACGAGGACGAGGCUCUCAGGAACGGCGACGAGGGGCGAACCAAGUCCAAUUUUCGCAGCGACCGAUCCUACUCGGUGGAGACCGUCUCGUGCGAGGACGACGUCAUCGAGGUCUCCAUGGACGAGAACUCCAGCGAGAAACGGGAGGACGACGUCGAGGAGGACAAGCCGGGCUCGUACGAGCAACUCACCUUUCUGGGGAUGCUGGGCCUCGUCACCACGGCCAGGCACAACGAGCUGCAGAGCAAACGAGCCGAGAGGAAGCGCAGGAGCACCGCCAAUCCGCAAUUCGUGUACUCCACCUGGGAGAUACCGACGAAGCGGAAGAAGUACUCGUACAUGCAGUCCGCCGGAAACGCUCCUCAGACCCGGCAAACGACCGCUCGUCUGAACGGGCCGUCUCCACCUCCCGGCAAGGUCUCGCUCUCGAAGUCGGUCUCACCGCCCACCAGGAACCUCGCCAAGUCCUUGAUUCCAAACCAGAAGUCGGGCACGAGACCGAACAUCUUGCGUAGCGUGGCCGAGAGCAAGUUGUUCGUCGGCAAGAACAAGAGGGAGAACGGCCUCGGUCAGGCUCGCGUCUCCGCGUCGAGGCCCGUGCAAUCGGUCGGGGGUAAGACCGUCCACAUCCCGGGAUUGCCGUCCAGCCUCACGAUCGAGAGGAUCGAGGGCGAAACGACCGUUUGCAUAAGCUGCAGGAAUCCUGGAACGUUGACGGUGUGCGAGAACUGUUCGGCUAAUUACCACGUAUCCUGUCACACGACGUCGCCUGCCCCGCCGAGGACGUGUCCUAAGUGCUCGCUGGGAAAAAGCCGGGACGACUGCAUGAUAAUCGAGACGUAUUCUAAGAAGGACGAAGAACUUGCUACAGCAGCGCACGCGUCAGGAACUCUUGGGAAAGCAGGAGAAGACCCAGAGGUCCAUAAAGCGGCUCGUGGAUUUCAUAAGGUCGAUGCAACUCAGAAACGAAAGCUCCUCUCCUCCGCCCUCGGCAUCAACCAGCUGCCCUCCUCCACCUUCCUCAUCCCGAUCUCCCCCAACGCCAUCGCGGGAAUCUCCCAGCAAGAAGCAGCAGCAGCAGCAGCAACAACGACGGACCUUUCUUCGGCAGCCGACCCCGAGCAGCACCAGCCAGAGAGCGGCCAUUCCUAUUCUUCCAUCCUCGUCAAUAGGCUGUCCCAGCAGCCGAGCGUCGCCUACGUCCAGCCGGAGCCCCAAGUGUCCUACACCUACCAGCUGCCCAUCGCCGGCGUCCAGUCGGAGAAGCACCAGUCUUACCUCAUCGUCAAGAAGAUCUCAGAGCCAGGCCCGGUCGGAAGAGCCGGUCGUUCUCGGUUCGCCUCGGCCGGGAGCGCCGGCUUCAAGGCCGAAGCCCGGAAUCUGUCCCUCUUCGACUACCAGCUCUCGAGCUCGACCGGUCAUAAUGCUGGCGGCCAGUCGGAAGGAGCGCUCGCCCACUCGACCGUAUACGUCGACAAGUUCCCCAGGAGGUUCUCCGACGCGAUCGGCCGGAAGAAGCCGAAUCCCCGGGCCGUGCCCGCUCUCAAUCGACUCGUUCACCAGGAGAAGCCCCUGCCAGUCUCCCCCGCGGACCACCUUCUGGAGUCCCCGGCGCUCCUCGUCGAGCGACGACCCAAGGCCGGAGCGGCGCGCUCGAAACUGGACACCCACAAGCUGCGAGCCUCCCGAAGGCCGGAGCUGCUCCUCUCCUACAACGCCUUCGUCGGCGCCGGCUCGAGCGAUCACCUGGAGGCUGCAGGCCGACUCGAGUCCGAGGAGACCGGCCCCGAGUCGAGGGGUCGACCCAGAGGCGGCGGCCUACUCCACUCUCUGUUCGCAAGCUAUAACCCGGCCGAUUCCCUCGCCGAUCGUCCUGACGAGCCAGCGGGCUCCUCCGUCCCCGAGCUGCCUCGAGACGGCCCUGUCCCCCCGGACCUCGGCGAACACGUGAAACUGGAAGAAGCGCAUCUACCAGCGCCACCUGGAGCAGAGCUAGUACGCGAGAGCAAGGUCGAGGCCAGCUCGACCGCGGGAGACGCCCCCAGGGGUGGUUCGUCGUCCUCGCCUCACGGAGGGCCCGAAACUCGGAAUUCGGCGCCGCAUUCCAAAGUCAGGAAGCGCAAGGACAGUAUGGACACCCUCGUGGAGCGCGCGGGGGACAUCGAGUUCAUCGAGGAGUUUUCGAAUUCCCGGCUGAACCCCGGGGUCAUUACCUACGAGCGCAAGCACACCGUCGCCAAGCUGAUAGGAGCGGUGCGCUGCCUGAAGGAGUCCGCUCGGCGGCUCAUCGCGGAACCAGCGACUCCGCCGACCGCCGACUCCCGCGGCGAUUUCCUCGACGAGCCGGUGGACGCCGACGUUGCCCCACCGGCUUCGGGCGGUCGUCGCGGGAGCUCCGCCGACGAGACGGACUCGGGCGGCAGCUUGGCCGGCGACCCCUCGGCCGAGCUUCGCGACUCCACCACCGAAGAGUCCUCGGACGGCGCUCCCGGGGAGGAGGACCGCGACGAGUCCGACCGAGGUGGUCCGACCGAGAGACAAGACUUAGGCAGGGGCGCGUCGGGACGGGGCUCCUGCGACGGCAACGGCGAUGGCGAUCGAGUCCCUCGGGAGGAGGGAAGCGCCUUGGGCAUGGGCGCCGUCUCGAGGGAGAACCUGCAGGUGCUCGAGGAGUUCGAGUCCGCCAUGCUGGAAACCGACGAAGGCCCUACUGCCAACUCUUAAGUUUUAGUUUUAUCGGUAGUCCCGCAACGAUCCGCAGGAUUUCUCUAAGUUAUACCCUUACGCUUUAAGUUCUCGCGGUUGGCCGAUCAGAGCGGCCGCCUACUCUUAAGAUAUCGUUUACUUGUUGUCGAAUUACGAUCGAACCGCGACCGAGCGUUUCGUUUGGAGUUGGUCUCGUACCCAAUGAUGCCAAGUAAUCGAGUGGACUGCGUCAUGUGCCGUUUUCUUUUGAGAAUUAAGACAUCGUGCCUGUUAACGGAGACCUCGUUUCUCUAUUUAAGACGUAGAUUUGAUUUUCGGGGUUUUACCCGGCAAAUGGUAUUUUUGUUAAAACGAUCGAUUGAUACAUAUCGAACGGGUCUCGUGGUUGGCGCGACCAAUGGCCCUCUCCUAAUGUGUAUUGAUACUUCUUUGAGAUGCGAGUAUUUAUGUCGGAACUAGGCACGAAUUCUAGAGGCGCAAUUUUCUUUAGAGUUAAAUAACUCCUUUGCGUAACGUUCGCUUUCUCGAGAUGAUCGCGUCAUCGAAAACGUGCGGGCAUAACGCGAUCCAGACGGAAGUGCUCGACUUAUCACUUGGCAUCGUUCGAUGGCAACGAGGUCUUGGAAAUCGAAAUUGACAUCACGGUCUAACUGCCUUGUAAAAAGUACCGCCGUGAAAUUGUCGGCAUUACCGCGCGUUGCCAAACGACGCGUACCUUGUACGACUAGUUUGACGCGACUUGGGACGGUUGUAGGUAAAGCAGGUACCUACCGACUUUGGGCGAUCGAUACGAAGUUCUCCGGCGCUUCUCCGCGUUCCUUGAACCACCCCUUAGACCCCAUCUCCGAUUGUAAUAUUCGUUAACUGGGAUAAUACCGAUCGACGGUUUCGGCCAGAAAACGUUCCGUGGCGUUUCCAAAAUCGUGCAAACGUAAAUUAGGGGUACUAAGGUUCGUUCAAAAUCGACGGACGGUUCAAUGCUCGGGACAAGAGAAAGUGGGAAGAAAAGCAUCAUGGAGGUUAGUUGGGAAUUUGUCGAACGGGUAAGAGGGUCGUAGGUCACGUCCCGCGAUAGCGUUGGAAAGGGUCGACGUUAAGGAUGGCCGUGCACCCGUGCUAUGUAUUCUCAACGCGAAAAUGUCUAUCUUUUCGUUACCAUGCCUGUAUUAACCUUUCUUCCGUCGCUUUAUUUAUUUCCUACGAUGUUUCCGGCAAUGCCCAUGCCGGUUUCUUACGGAGGGUGACGGUGGAAACAACAAUCGAACGUUAGAGAUUAUGUUCGAGAUUAUGCGAGCGUUGGAUCAUGAAAGAGGGGCAUCGCGAAUCGAGUUCCUUGGGCGAAAGGACGCGCUAUCUUCACUGUAAUUAGGGACCUUGUACGGAUUUAUAGUUGACAAGCAUAUAAACGCAACGCGCGGAAUGGAACGUUCCUAAGUAAUGACCUUUAUGGUAUCUUUUGCGAUGAAUUGUAAUUUUGACCGGAAUUCUCGAUGUCACGGGACGUGGAACGCGUUGCAUGGAUUUUGGUUUCUCAAGUUUUUUCUUAAAUCGCUCAAAUCUACCUCGACGACUGUCAUCGUCUGUAGUUUCACCGAAGAUUUAAUUCAAGUGCAAUGGUAUACCGAGGAUCCCGAGGAAACGUAUUCCCGACCUUGAGGAUAAUCUCGGGCAAAAGGAACGGAUUAAGUAACGCGAAGUAUAUGGCCACGAUCAUAGAGUACGAAUAUUUGUUUAAUAGUUAAAAAAAAAUAGCUCCAGCUUUGGGUAGACGUGCAAUAUGUACAGACGUUUCAGUUGCAACGAGGAUUGAAAAUUAAACCUAUUGGCACCUACAUAUUCGGUGGCGAGAAUUUUCGAACGUUACUCGGGUGAAGCUCCGACGAUGACGAACGCCCCUACGCGUUUAAAGAAAUUUUCAAACGAUUCCCGGAACGACGUUUCCUCGAGUCCACCUGGAAAAUUACAUUUCGUCGAGAAGGUUAUUACAAAGGUCUGGAAAAUGUCUCCGGCAGAGUUCACAUUGGACGCGGUCUUUUAAGUGGGAACUCGUGCAUCGCCGAAGAUGAAAAGAAAAGUCAUUGUUUUCGUUACAACGCGCUCAGCACGGAACUUGAAAUCUCGUUUGCAGAUCAAGAAGUCCACCUAAAGGAAAACUCGAGACUUGCCCGCUUCGUUUCCCCGUUUGAGGUCAUACGGCACCUUCUUCCGCCGUGCUCGUAACCGUAUACGGAUAUCUCGUUCUAGGAACGGAAUCGUUUUCGGACGACACGUCGGCUGUCCGAGACGCGAGUUCGUCGUAAGGUCAAAGAGUGGCGGGUCAUUAGAGGCGGUGCCGAGAGCUUUCUACGAGAAUUACGCGGCAAUAUGUAGACGACUGGAGUAACUCCAAACACGUACAUAUCUUGCUGAGACGGAUGCAAACGUCGGAGAAGACGGAGAAAUCGCGGUCGAUCGCUCGUUCCUUUGGUAUCGUCCAACCGUGCGCGUAAAAAUCGCUCGAUUUUCAAUCUAAAACCGGCUAAAGAGAAUUUAAGAAGAUACCGAAAGUAACGGGCGAUCGAGGGAGAAGGGCAUCGAUUACGAAAGCGGUCGCAGCUCCCCGUCUUUGAUCGAAGCCUAACUUUACGUAAACCAAGCCAAAUCGCCGCACUGCCUUAAUAGUCAUUUAACGAAUAAUAGGUAUCCUUAGUACCGUCGUAUUACCGUGGGAUCUACUUAAACGCCAGACUCGGGAGGCGCGAACACGCGAAGCGCGACGGACGGCGAGCGGUCGGAAUCGGCCAAGGCAUAAGCCUGGAAGAAAACUAUUGUAAAUAAGCGAAUGACUUCUCUCGCGGGGCUCCUAACGCCCCGUCGUUCGUUUCUUUUUUUUCGUUAACGCCCGACCCACUCGACCUGGCGACGAUUCGAAAGCUCCCUUUCGUCGAGACGUCGUCUCCCUUUCUUCGUCCGGUUGACAUCCAUUGUCCGAUUUUUUGUCCCCUCUUCGUUUCCAGUUUCCUUUUUGCGGCGACCACUGCGUACCCGGAUACGGUCAGUCGAUGCAAUGACGCGACAACGCCGAGAGAAAUUAAGCGAGAAUUGUUAUUCAGUGUAGUCGAUGAGAUUCAGAUCGGAAUUCAUAUUUUUAUGAAUAAAGCAAUUUAAAUCGAA